ACGCUAUCUCUAUACGAAUUUUUCAACACGAAAGCGUAUCUGAUGGAGAUAUUUGAUUGUAAAAUAAAUUAUCAUAGAGUCAGUUCAUAAAUUCAUUCGAUUUACUUUGAAGAAAUCGCGAAAAUGGGUGCUAUUCUUGCUUUUCCCAUUGCUUUUUGCGUGGGAUUUAUAUGUAUGAAAUGUUCAGAUCUUAUACAAUGUAUGAAAUGGAUAAUAGCAUUUAUUUGCGUGAAAUUAAACAGGCGUAGCCACAAAAGGAGAUUCGAUUUGUAUGAUUAUUCUGCAAAACAUGAUCCCAUAAAAGUAAAUUUUCUACACCCUAAGGAAGAAUAUGAUCUUGAAAGACCACAAACAGAUUCUCACUUAUUAAAGAAAGAUGAUGAGUUAUUCUUCUACGGAUCCAAUUCAAAAUCCGAAACUCUAAUUUUAAAAAUUAACAGACAUUGCAAUGACCGAUCAGAAGCGAAUGUGUAUGUAAAGCUUGAAUCUGGAAAGGUUUUACACCUAGAGAAAACGUUCGAUUUCCAACAGACUUGCACAAAUGAAAUGACAUUCUCUUGUGGUGGACUUCAACUUCAGUGCCUCGCACCAAUGAGAAGAUGGCGGCUGUUUUAUGCUGGAUAUUUAAGAGAAAUUUCAGAAGAUAACCAUACAAGAGGAAAACUGAUUUACGUCAAAUUCGCUUUUCUAUGGAAGGCAGCAUCUGAUGUCUUCGAUUUUAAGUCUGAUAUCAGUUCAAGAACCGUAAUUGAUGGUCUGUCAAAAGCCUCAUGGAGACAUUUGAAGCCACCAUUGAAUGAAUUUGAAGAAGCUCUUGACUUUUAUGGACAAGCAGGAACAAUUCAUGGUACAAUUACGGUUGAAAAUGAAUUCGAAGAAAAGGAGAUGUAUUUGUUUGGUCAUAGGUUAAGAUAUUUAGGUAGCCUAUCCAAAUUUAGGGAACCUGAAUUCCAUCACAUCAUGGGAUACACAAAAAAGACUGGAACCUAUUUCCAUAUUGGAAACAUUUCCUGUGAAAAAAGCGUUAAAAAUUUCUCAUUUGGCUUCGUUGUUCAGUCUGACACGGAACUGAAAACCAUUGAAAGAAUAUCAACUACCAUUACUAAAGUAGAUGAAACUGAAAACGAUAAGAUAAAAUCGAAGUUCAAUACAGACCUUUUUCCGUACGAGCUUUUUGGAUCAUCUUCGGAUAUCAUUUCUUCAAAUGAGAUUACAAACAAUUUAAAAGUUUUGGAGUUACACUUAAGCGAUGAAAAAGGAUACGGAAUCCUUUUCAAAAGAUCACCUUCAAAGAAAAUAGAAUGUAGUUGUUAUAAUGCGAAGAAAAUUCAAGUCCCAAGAGAAAUUCCGAAUGUAGUGUCAUUUAAAGAAGAUAUUUGCCAGCUACCUGAGGUGACGGGUGGUAAAGGUUCAUCGUUGGGGAAACUCACUUAUUUGAGUGAAAAUUUUGGAAGUUUCACCGUACCCGAUGGUGUUGUUGUAACAACAGCAGCGUAUUCCAGUUUUGUGACUAAACCCAUAUUGAACGAAAUACGGAUACUUGAACAAAUCUCAUAUAAAAAAAAUAGCAAACCUGAAGAAGUAAUGGAAGCGUGUAAGAGGGUCCAAACGCUGGUUAUCAACAACAACUUUCCAAUUUUGCUUCAUUGCGUCAUUGAAGAAGAGCUUAAGAACCAUUUUAAAGAAAAACUUCAUUCUCAAAAGUUUGCUAUCCGGUCCUCAGCAACAGGUGAGGAUACUGAGCAAAUGUCUGCUGCCGGACAAAUGGAAACAUUUUUAGGAAUAUCAGGAAUUGAUGAGAUUCUGCUCGCUGUAAAAAAAUGUUGGGCAUCACAGUUCAGUUUUGUUGCCACUGAAUAUAAAAGGCGUUAUGGACAGUGCUAUAAUUCACCCAUGGCAGUAGUUAUCCAAGAAAUGAUACCUUGUGAAGUUGCUGGUGUGUUAUUUACUUGUGAUCCUUUAAAUGGUAAUCCAACUUUGAUGUCAGUGACUGCAAACUAUGGACUUGGAGAGUCUGUCGUAUCAGGUUCAGAAGAACCAGAUAUGAUUGUUUUGAAAAGAGAUGAAAAUGAUGAAAUUCAAAUAAAAUCUACCGACAUUGGACAGAAGAGAAGAAAAGUCGUCAUUGGAGAAACUGAGACAAAGAUUGAAGAAGUUUCUGAAAGCCAGCAAAAUGUAUGUUCACUCACUGAUGAAAUGAUUCUCCAAUUAGGAAGUGUUGCUAUAAAGAUUGAAAAAUACUAUCGUUCCCAUCGUGAUAUAGAAUGGGGCUUCUAUCAUGAAAAAUUGCAUAUUUUUCAGUCAAGACCUGUUACCAGCAGCUCGAAGGAAACUUUUCAUGAAAUUGAUCACGAAUUUGAUUGUGCAAUGAGAGUUGAAAAUGACUUCUAUUCCGUUUCUAAUGUUGGAGAGGUAGUGCCAAAAGCCUUUUCUACUUUAGGCUUGGAUGUGACUGUAAAAGGUUUUAGAAUUGUCUUAAAUAGUGAUAAAAAAGUUUCCCUUUUUCAACUUAAAGGAAAGACGCAGUACUUUUCAAAGGGUUGGCUUAUGAUGCUUAAUCAUUUUAUUUUUAAUGUUGCCGAUGUGUUUCCUUUGGGUGCAAAUGAAGAGUUUUCUACAUUGAAAAAAUCAGCAAUUAUAUCCUUUUUUGGGAGAGUUCCGGAUAAUGAAGAAAUGUAUGAUGUUUCUCGAGCAAGAUAUGGCUUAAUACCUGAACCUAAAUCCUUAAGUUUGAUUGUUAAAUCUGUACUGUCUACUAGUAGCGUUUUAAAAAGAGCCAAAGAAACAUAUUCGAAAUACAGAUUUCCUGUUGAGAAAUAUACCACAUCGAAAGAGUUGUUUGAUGGUAUUCUACACACCUGCACAGAUUUCUCUCUAUCUUCUGAAUGUCAUAUGACUUGUACUCAAACAUCCUCGAUACUGAAUAUGAUCAUAUUCUCUAACUUAGGAGCUGCUCAUGGAGAUUUUGAUGACAUUGUUUACAAGGAUUUUGCUAAACUACUCAAAACAAAUGAAGAUGUGGAAAGUGCAGAUGUACCAUCAGCUACUCAAGAUAUAGCAUUCCAAAUUGCUCAAGAAAUGAAGCCUGAAGAUUUUAAGAAAAUGAGCUCGGAGGAAGCCUUAAACUGGUUGCAAACAUCUCAGUCAUCUGCUGGGGUUAAGUUUAGAAAAUUCAUAGAAAGACAUGGACACAGGUGUUUACAAGAGUUUGAUAUGUAUUCUCAUCCAUGGAGAGAAACUCCCGAAUUGCUGGUUAAAUUAUUACAGACUCUGGCCGGAAGCGCAACUAAAAUAGUCAAAGAUAAAACAUCUGAUGAUCUUGAUAAAGUCUUUGCAGAGUUGAAUGUUCCACUUGGACGUAUUGCAAGGUUAUUUUUGAAAUUUAUAGUACCUUAUGCUAGAAAAGGUGUACAGUAUAGAGAAGCUUCAAAGUCUCUGAUGGUUAAAUGCCAAGAUAAUUGGCGAAUAGGAUGGAGGAGAUUAGCGCAAAUGAUGGCUGAUGAAGGAAGGAUACCCGAUGAAGAUCUCCUCUUCUUUAUGACGCUGGAUGAUAUUGACCAAUUAUUAAAAACACGAUCACCCAGUGUAAUAUCCAAAGCUAUUCAGAGGCGAAAAAGGUACCCCAUCCUUAAUGAGUACAGAUUUCCUGAAAUAAUGAAGGGUUUCCCAGCACCUAUGGAUAAAUCAGAUACGGAAAUUGUUGUGAACAGUGUCAAUUUUUCAAUGCAAGGUAUACCAGUGAGUCAAGGAAUGGCUAAGGGUUUUGUUCGUAAAGCUCUAACUUUAGAAGAAGCUACUGAUAUUAAACCGGGAGAAAUAUUGAUCACUUAUAGCACAGAUAUUGGAUGGAGUCCAUAUUUUCCUCACCUUGCUGGAGUGGUUACAGAAUUAGGUGGACUUAUUUCACAUGGUGCUGUUGUAAGUAGAGAAUAUGGAAUACCUUGCAUUGCUGGUUUACAUGGAGCCACAAAACAAUUUCAAACAGGAGACUAUGUCAUUUUGGAUGGUAAUCGAGGUAUUUUACAAAAGAUACAGCCGCCAGAAGAGUAGGCUUGAUAAUAAUUUAUAACAAUAUCAUGACAACAUUUUACCAUCACUCACAGUGCAAGAACUGUUUCAUUAUGUGUACUAAUUUAAAUUGGAAAUAAUUUAUUACAUCUGUUACCUUUUGCAUAUAAUUGUAAAGUAUGUGAUAUUUCCAGUUAUAUUUAUUUUUUAUUCAAUAAAUUAUUUCAAAGUUUUCCAUUA